ACCCAACUUGGUGCGUAAUGUACCGCUCUGUCUGGUUGACAAAAUUCCUUGCAAUUGUAAUAUGUUAGUGCGUUAGUGUUUCUUAUCAUUAUCACGUUGUUAAUUUGUUUAUAGAUAAAUAUCGAGACGAUAAAAGAUUCCAUUGUUAAACGAUGGACGACGGACAACUAGAUCCUGAUACAGGUCCUCGUCUUCAAGGGCAGCCGUACCGACCUCCCCAGAUGCGUGAUCGUGGCCGUGGCCGUGGUCGUGGUUUUGGCCGGGGGCAUCAUAAUCAUGGCCCUCCAUACAACAACGAUCGUAUGCGUGAUGCGCAACAACGCCAACAACCAUCACUGCUUCAGAGAAUUGCGCAGGCCGACUUAGGUAAUAUCAAUCGUAAUAGAGGACAUGCAUCCAACGCGAGACCCAAUCAAGACUACCUGAAUCAACAAAACAACCGAAACUACGACAACAUGAACAAUUGGCAAAGGAAUAGGAGGCCAAAUAACAAUACUAGGGUCAUGGGGUUUAAAACUUUAGAAGAAAUUGCUAUGGCUGACCCUGUGGACAUCAUUGCCAAAAUAAAUGAAAGAAAAGAGUCAUUUGACAAUCUUAUAACAAAGACAGUAGACGCUGAUGUGUUCGUGCUAACUGUCCAAGUCCUGGCAAAGAUUAGUAUGUCCUCAUUUGAUGAAUUAAAGUUGAGAAUACUGUUAGACGUUUGUCACUCUCAGUUUGUGAUGUACCUUAGAGAUUAUCUAAUUAAUAUGCCGUACAGUGACGAGCAUAUCAGAAGGAGAAAUCGCUUUUACUGGAACAAUCAAGAUGAUUUCUGGAACAACCUGAUAACAUUUUGCGAAUGCAUUGUAAAAAAGGUGCCGUCAAUCGCUUUGCAAAAAUUAAGAUCUCUAAUUGAAGGGACAUCAAAAAGCUGUCUGGAAAAUUUAAAAGAAAGACACGGCUUCAUUCUAUCAGAGAGAAAUAAUAAAAGACUUCUUGAUUUAAGAGAGAGUCUAACAACUGUAGAGAAGAACAAAGAGGAAGAGAAAAAGGGUACUAAAGAGAUAGCUCAAGAUGGUCACGCAGACGAGCCCCCUGAGGACUUCAGGCAGCUGAGCGUGAUACCGACCCGCGAAGACUUGCUGGACAAGCCGGCCUUCGUGCGCGCCAACGUGGUCCGCGGCGGGUACCGGGACGUCGACCACUACCUCGACGUGCAGUUCCGCCUCUUACGCGAGGACUGCUUCGGACCGCUCCGGGACGGACUCAGUACGUGCAUACUACCCGUUCGCGCUAAGUUUGCCGGUCCGUGGAAUGCGCGUCCCCUCUCCCAACCGCGAUUAAACACAAUUAAUGUGUCAUAAUUUACGCAAAUACACAAUUUUUAUCAAUAUUAAUAAAUAAAAAAUAUUUUUAACAUAGUUUGCUAUAGUUAAAGACGCUUCUCUUCGAGUGACGUCAUAUCGCCAGCGGCAAACUUAUCGCGAACGGAUAGUAACUCUUCUUAAUAUUAUACUAAAUACAUCUAAGUUCGGUUACCACGUGCAGUUCCGCCUCUU